GGUGUUUGGUGGCAUGCAGAUGAGGAAAGCAAGGAAAUCAUAUUUCACGACAGUAAAGAACAACCUGAAUUUCGAGAUGAAGGCCCUCCAAUUCACCACUUUCGCUCCUCUUCUUUCCAGAGUGAAAGGGAAUACCUCAAAGAGAAGUGGGUUGAAUGCUUGACUCGAGCAGAUUUUCAUUUGCCAAUCAGAAAGGUGAAAGUUUAUGAUCCGGAUGGAAAUUUCACAUUCACGGAAUACUACAGAGUUUUCCUUGAGGAACCUUGGCCAGAAAGUGGAGGUGACCAAAGUGCAGACCAACUAAUGGGCUGUACUGCAAUAUGUGAUAAUGAAAAUGGAAACAUUCAUGACAAAGCCGAUGACUGUGUCAAUGAAGAACAGCUAGAGACUGAACAAGUAAUUUGCAAAGACCUCAGUUUAGAUGGAGACGAGCUAGGUGAAGACAUGAGUGAGCAGGAAAUAUGUACAGCAAAUGGAAUUAACUUACCAAAUGAUGCACAAUCAAGUCCCACUCAUUUUAGAGCUGUUUGCUGUUCAGGUGCUGGUAAUCAAAUAUUGGAACCAAACCAGCCUGCAAUUCAAGAGAAAAGUAGUACAGCAAAUGUUGACUGUGCAGUUGAGUAUUUAGAAACAAAACUUGCUCAGUCUGUUUCGAAAAUAUUAGGUUUGACUCCUGAAGUAAAGACCUUGGAUAAGGCCAGAAAACUGCUCCACGAAAAGCAGAAUAGCAGUUACCACCAUGGAAAGUACAAAGAUAUUUUAGCCCUGGUC